UGAGGUAGCUCAGUGAAAUUGUGUGUAGCACAGUGCCAGGCACUGAGGCAAAACAGUAUGAUGUGGAGUUGGCUCCCACACUUGCUGUUCUAUGAAGUUUUUAUGCCUUCCAAAUCUGCUCAUAGUUUUUCUGGUAGCUUUGUCCAUUCGCCCAUCCACUGCUUCCUAGAAUGUGUUUUCUCUUUGUAAGUAUAAAUCUCCUCUUAUAAGGUAGAAGAUACUACUAGGGAGGAGUGCCAUGGAUGCUUCUUUAUCUUUUAAAUUUUAAUUAGUACAUGCAGACUAUAGAUUCUUCAAAUAAUAUUUUUAUUAGUGCUUGAGAAUUUCAUAAAACGUAUUCAGUCACACCUCCCUACCUCUUUCAGAUCUAUCCUUACAACCAUCCACCUAAUUUUGUGUCCUCAUUAAAAAAGAGAUUAAAAUGAAUUUAUAUUGUCUAUAUACUCUUAUACAAUACUUUAUAUUGUCUAUAUAUCUGUGGCCAUCUAUUGAAGCAUUGUUCAUCUACUAGGGGCCAUACCCUUAAAGGACACUAAAAUUCUCCUUCUAGUAGUAGUCAAAUGCCAAUAGCUCCUCAGCUGGCAGUGGGAAUUUGUGCUCAGCCUCCCCUGCAAUAAGAUUGUAUGGAUCUUUGCAUGAUGUCACAAUGUCUGUGUCUUAGUUAGAGUUAUCAUUGCUGUGAUGAAACACAUGGCCCAAGAAACUUGAGGAGGAAAGUUAUCUGGGUUAUGCUUCCAAAUCACAGUUGAUCACUGAAGGAAGUCAGGACAGGAACUCAAACAGGGCAGGAUCUUAGAGGCAGGAGCCAAUGCAGAGGCCAUUGAGGAGCCUGUUUUCUUAUAGAACCUAGGACCACUAGCCAAGAGGUAGCCUCAACCACAAUGGGCUGGACUCUCCCCCAUACAUCACUAAUUAGGAAAAUAUUCUACAUGCAUGUUCUACAGUUCAAUCUUCAUAGAGUCAUUUUCUCAAUUGAGGUCUCCUCCUCUCAGGUGACUUUAGCUUGUAUCAAGUUGACAUAAAGCUAUCCAGUACAGUGUUAUUAUAGUGUUGUGUCUUGAAAACUCUAUUUUGUUGGUAUGGUACUGAUAUCUCAUUUAGGGCUAAGCCCUCCACCAUCGCUUCUUCUGUACUCUUGGACUAGCCAUGAGUCUCUACAUCAAUCAUCAUCCCCUACAAAACCAGAUCCGAGAGAUGCUCUAACCUCUGUGUUUAACACUAUGUCACUAGGAGUCAGUUUAAUACUGUAUCCGUUUAGCAGAGCAAUAGUCAUUGAUUGUCUCCUGAGACUUACAACCUGUGUAGCUUUAGGUGCUGGGCCCUAAUAACAAUGCCAGAGUGGGAGGAGCCGUAUCAAUCUAUAAUUGUGUAGACCACUUCAAUCUCUCUUGUGUGGAGCUCAUCUUAGCCUCAUGCCCACGUCCUGGAGACACGUCAAAGGGCACAGCUACAGUGUUUGUAAAGGGUGGCCCUUAGCCAAGUAUCCCAAUCCUUGAAGCCAAAUACAGUGUCUGUAGAGAGCAGCAGCUGCUGGAACAUAUGGAUGCUCAGUGGGAGUUUCUUAGUUCUCACUGACAGCAUCCCAGUUCAUCCUCACCCAAACCCUGGGAGCAUAUAUGAGAAGCUCUGGUCCCAUGUUCCCCUUUUCAAUGUUAACAGUUGGAUGUUGAGAAAUGCUUUCAUUUUUGUUGCAAUGCAGUGUUUGGGACUUGAAGAUGUUCCUCCCUUCUCUCCUCUAGUCAGGAUUCUGGUUAGGCCUCCAUUACCUGGACCAAUUCAGCAACUUGCUCCUGAAUCUCCAUGACUCCAUUCUCUUCCCACUCUGCCACCAGAAUAACCUCAAUAAUCACCUGCUAGAUACUUACCAGUCAGGAAUUUCAACACCCCUUGUACUGCUUACUGGACAAUGAGCCCUACACCCUGAGGGCUUCCGAGGCAGCGUUUGAGAAGACCUUAGCAAGGAACACCAAGCAGUAGUGGCUGAAACACCUCACUCCAGGAAAUGAAACAGUAACAUGGCAGUACCUGUUUGAGAGGAUUAAAACCCCAAAAGACUCCAUUUAGAAAGGGACAAUGUCCAAAAAAGGACGAAAUAAGGGCGAGAAGCCCGAGGCACUCAUUGUUGCCCUUCAAGCUGCCAAUGAAGACCUCAGGACCAAACUCACAGACAUUCAGAUAGAACUUCAUCAAGAGAAAUCCAAGGUAUCAAAGCUUGAAAGAGAGAAGACUCAAGAAGCAAAGAGGAUUCGUGAGCUGGAGCAGCGCAAACACACAGUCCUGGUGACAGAGCUUAAAGCCAAGCUCCAUGAGGAGAAGAUGAAGGAGCUGCAGGCCGUGAGGGAGAAUCUCAUCAAGCAACAUGAGCAGGAAAUGUCAAGGACAGUGAAGGUGCGGGAUGGAGAGAUCCAGAGACUCAAGUCCGCUCUGUGUGCUCUCCGCGAUGGCAGCAGUGACAAAGUAAGGACAGCACUCACCAUUGAGGCCCGGGAGGAGGCCAGGAAACAGUUUGAUGCAGAGCGCCUGAAGCUCCUGCAGGAAAUUACAGACUUAAAAACCGCCAAGAAGCAGGUGGAUGAGGCUCUGAGCAAUAUGAUCCAAGCGGAUAAAAUCAAGGCUGGGGACCUUAGGAGUGAGCAUCAGUCCCACCAGGAAGCCAUCUCGAAGAUCAAGUGGGAAUCGGAACGGGAUAUACGAAGGCUGAUGGAUGAAAUCAAAGCCAAGGACAGGAUCAUCUUUUCCCUGGAAAAGGAACUGGAGACUCAGACAGGCUAUGUACAGAAACUCCAGCUACAGAAAGAGGCUUUGGAUGAGCAGCUCUUCCUCGUCAAGGAGGCAGAGUGUAACAUGAGCAGUCCGAAGAGAGAGAUUCCAGGAAGGGCAGGGGAUGGCUCUGAACACUGCAGCAGUCCGGAUUUGCGAAGAAAUCAAAAGAGAAUAGCCGAAUUGAAUGCCACUAUACGAAAGUUAGAAGACAGGAACACCCUGCUCGGAGAUGAACGAAACGAGUUGUUAAAACGUGUGCGGGAAACUGAAAAACAAUGCAAACCUCUCCUGGAAAGGAACAAGUGCCUAGCCAAGAGAAACGAUGAACUGAUGGUAUCUCUACAACGCAUGGAAGAGAAAUUAAAAGCCGUAACCAAGGAAAAUUCAGAGAUGAGAGAAAAAAUAACGUCUCACCCACCAUUGAAGAAACUGAAGUCUCUGAAUGACCUUGAUCAAGCUAAUGAAGAACAAGAGACGGAGUUUCUAAAACUGCAGGUCAUUGAGCAGCAGAACAUCAUUGAUGAGCUCACCAGGGAUCGAGAAAAACUCAUCCGUAGGAGAAAGCACAGGAGAAGCUCGAAACCAAUCAAGAGGCCUGUUUUAGAUCCUUUCAUUGGCUAUGAUGAGGACUCGAUGGAUUCAGAAACAUCAUCCAUGACCUCCUUUAGAACAGACCGGACACCUGCUACCCCGGAUGAUGACUUGGAUGAAAGUCUAGCUGCUGAAGAAUCUGAGCUACGAUUUCGACAAUUAACAAAAGAAUACCAAGCCCUCCAAAGAGCAUAUGCCCUCUUGCAGGAACAGACUGGAGGCAUCAUAGAUGCUGAAAGAGAAGCCAAGGCACAAGAGCAACUCCAGGCAGAGGUGCUGAGGUACAGGGCCAAAAUCGAAGAUUUGGAGGCAACGCUGGCUCAGAAAGGGCAGGAUUCACACUGGGUAGAAGAUAAACAACUUUUCAUUAAGAGAAACCAGGAGCUUUUAGAAAAGAUAGAGAAGCAGGAAGCAGAGAAUCACCGGCUACAGCAGGAACUUCAGGAUGCCAGAGACCAGAAUGAGCUGCUGGAGUUUCGCAACCUAGAACUAGAAGAGAGAGAGAGGCGAUCCCCUCCAUUCAACCUACAAAUUCACCCCUUCUCAGAUGGUGUGAGUGCACUGCAGAUCUACUGCAUGAAAGAAGGUGUCAAGGAUGUCAACAUCCCUGAUCUCAUAAAGCAGCUUGAUAUCCUUGGUGACAACGGGAAUCUAAGGAAUGAAGAACAGGUGGCCAUAAUUCAGGCCAGCACUGUGCUGUCCCUGGCAGAGAAGUGGAUCCAACAAAUUGAAGGAGCAGAGGCUGCCCUGCACCAGAAAAUGAUGGAACUGGAAAGUGAUAUGGAACAAUUCUGCAAAAUCAAAGGCUACCUGGAGGAAGAACUAGACUACAGAAAACAGGCUCUUGACCAGGCAUAUAUGAGAAUCCAGGAACUAGAAGCUACUUUGUACAAUGCUCUGCAGCAAGAAACUGUGAUCAAGUUCGGUGAACUGUUAAGUGACAAGCAGCAAGAGGAGUUGAGGACGGCUGUAGAAAAGUUACGGCGGCAAAUGCUGAGGAAGAGCCGGGAAUAUGACUGUCAGAUCCUCCAGGAGAGGAUGGAGCUCCUACAGCAAGCCCACCAGAGGAUCCGUGACCUAGAAGAUAAAACAGACAUCCAAAAACGGCAGAUAAAGGACCUAGAAGAAAAGUUUCUGUUUCUAUUCUUGUUCUUCUCUCUUGCCUUCAUUCUAUGGCCUUGAUGUCAAGGUGCCUCUUAAAGAAAAAUCAAGAACUUGGAUCAUACCCCAAGAAGGCAAAUGCUUUUAAACCUUCAAAGAUGGCAAAAUUGUUUACACCGAUGUAAGGGAAAUCAAAAGCUAAGAAUUACCCUGUAGCCAAGACUAUGAGCUUUAAAGCCAUUAUUCAAGGUUUCUUACUUGACAGUUUAUAAUGACCCUGUUGAAAAAUCUACAUUAUAUGCUGCAUUUAAUGAAACGUGUGUAUGUCAAACCAGAAGAGAACUAUAAACAUAUAUUGUGGGAAGGAAAAUUUCAGCAGUGGAACCAGUUUCAGCAGAUCAAAAGAAGAUGUGUCUUGGGCAUGGAACCAAAGUUACAAUGAAACAUUCAACUCCUGCUGUGCAGGGGGGGUCAUUUUAAUGUAACACCACACCCCAUGGAAACACUAUUCCUGAAAAUAAACAUCAUUUUAAAAAAAAACAAAACAAACAAAAGUGAAAAAAAAACAACUUAAGGGUGGGCGGGUAAUGAAGCACGAGGAAUAAUACCUAUGAGGAACUAUUUACAAUAAAAUGUUUCAUUUGAAAA